GCAAAAACUAGACGAUGGCACGAAGUUCGCUCUUGGUAUGUGCGCUCGUGGCGGCUGUGUGUUGCUCAGUGCAGGCCCUGGACCCGAUCGUCGUUCGCGGCAACUACAUGUACAACUCGGUCACUGGGGACCGGUUCAUCAUGCGCGGGAUCACGUACGAAUACGACGUGAGCAAUGACAACUUCGAGAAAAACAGCAAAGAAGCCAUCGACCGCGCCGUUAAGGACUUUGCUGGCACGCUCAACACGCUUCGCAUCUACCAGGUCAACCCCGAAAAGAACUACUCCAUGUUCAUGGCGCACAUGGAAGUCCAGCAAAUUUACGUCAUGGUGGCCGCAACUCCGGGUACUCAAGACUACUUUGGCAGUUACCGGUGGUCCCCCAUUGCCAAGGCGUCGCCUCCAGGCGGCAACCCGUCGUGCUACCCGUCGUACUUGCUGCACUAUGGCAAAAGCGUUGCCAAAGCAUUUGCCCCGUACAACCACACAUUGGGUUUAGUCAUGGCCAACGAAGUCAUGCAGGCAUCGCUGAUUGCCGCGCCGUGCGUCAAGCAGUACGUGGCCGACCUGAAGAACUGGAUGCGAUCCAAGCAUGACCGCAUGCGUCUGUUGCCGCUAGCGUACGCCGCCGCCGACGGCGCCUAUGUUGGGGAAAAGGGUCAAACCGACAAGCCCAAAACGCUCGUGGAUGCCAACGAGUUUGCCACGGCCAAGAUUCAAGGGCUCCUUUGCGGCGACAAGAUGGUGAACGGCCAAAUGCAGUCAAGCAUCGACAUCUACCUCGUCAACGAGUAUCGGUGGUGCCCGGGGUCCAAGUACUCUGACACGUACGCCCACCUGCUAGCGAUGGCAUCUGGCGUGCCCAUCGUGAUGGGAUUGGGCGAAUACGGUUGUGACAAGAAUCCUCCCAGGGACUUUGCCAUGAUCCCGUACCUCUUUGGGGACUCAACGACAUCGCAGGGGUUCUCGGACGUGUACUCUGGGGGGUUUGUCUAUUCGUUUGGGGAAGCCAACUUGGGAACGGGCACGUUCUUUCCCCUCUUUGUCGGGGGCGACAUCGCGAUUACGGGGAAACCUGGCAAGACCGCGACCCCUGCCUACGAGAACCUGGUCAAGCAGUUCAAGGCGAACCCGCCCUUGAAAGAAUACGCACAUGCGACGUGGGAUGCCGCCAACUUGACGGACCGAUGCACGUGGGUGCCACCUCCCGCGACCAAGACGUCCACCAGCAACAAGCGCGCCACCGCCCAGGGCUGGAUCGUCCAAGAAUGCACAGCCGUGAAGGUUGUGCCUUCGGACGUAUGGACGACGGACUCCCGCGAAGGCGUGGCGUGCUCGAACGACGGUGCCCCAUGUGAUGUCGCGGUCGCCAAGACGGUGGCACUGUCCCAGCAAAGCCUCUGCGGCGGCCUCUUGGUCAGCGGAAGCAACUGCGCCAAGGACUCGGACUGCGGAGCGUCGGGCACGUGCACGGACGGGCAGUGCAAAUGCCAAGGCUGCUUCACCGGCGCCGGCUGCCAGAUCGCCAUCAACGACGAAGAGGUGUGCUCCAGCUCCACCGCCAAACCUCCGCUAUCAAAAGAUGGGUCGUCGACCCCAAAGCCCAACUCCGCCAUCGGCAUCGGCAGUACUUCGGCCGUGCUAGCACUGGCCAUGGUCGUUGUAGGCGCGAUUUGUUAGGAACGAAGGACUAUAACGAACGUCACACGAGUGCCAACGAUUGAAGUUGGAUACAGUAUGCGGGUUCACAAUGCACGUUGGUUAGGAAUAUGCCUACACUACA